GUGGCUAUAUCUGGUGACGUCAUUUUUAACCGACAGCAAAAACAGAUCGUGCUCGGAGCAUAGGAUCUGGUGUAUUCAACAUACCUGUGGAGGAUGAACUUAACACCUGGCUGGCUGCUCCUUCUAUCCAUCUUCUGUGUUGGGGUCCGGUCGGUGCCUAUAGAUCGCAAUGUAGGCCAAGAGGCAGCUAAAGAGGAGGCGCAAGAGGAGAAUGGGGACACUGGCCUGUACUAUGACAGGUAUCUCAGAGAGGUGAUCGAGGUUUUGGAGACAGACCCUCACUUCAGAGAGAAACUGCAAACAGCAAACACAGAGGACAUCAAGAAUGGUCGUCUCAGUAAAGAGUUGGAUCUGGUCAGUCACCAUGUCCGGACUCGCCUGGACGAGCUGAAGCGGCAGGAGGUUUCUCGCCUCAGGAUGCUGCUCAAGGCCAAACUGGACAGCACCAACAUUCAGACUCUGCAGAUGGACCAUGCCUCUCUGCUGAAGCAGUUUGAACAUCUGGAUCACCACAACCAAAACUUUGAAGCCAAAGACCUGGAGCUGCUCAUUUCAACAGCCACCAAAGACUUGGAGAACUACGACGCCGAGAGGCACGAGGAGUUCAAACGCUACGAGAUGCUGAAAGAGCACGAGAGACGGGAGUACCUGAAGGGCCUGGACCAGGAGAAGAGGGAGAAGGAGGAGAAGAGGCUGCAGGAACUCAAGGAGAAACACAGCCAGCAUCCCAAAGUCAACGCUCCGGGUAGUGUUAAUCAGCUGCGGGAGGUUUGGGAGGAAACCGAUGGACUGGAUCCUCAGGAGUUCAACCCGAAAACAUUUUUUAAACUGCAUGAUACAAAUGAAGAUGGUGUUUUAGAUGAGCAGGAGUUGGAGGCUCUCUUCACUAAAGAGCUGGAGAAGGUCUACGACCCCAAGAAUGAGGAAGACGACAUGAUGGAGAUGGAGGAAGAAAGACUGAGGAUGAGGGAGCAUGUCAUGAAGAAUGUGGAUACAAAUCAGGACCGCCUCGUCAGCUUGGAAGAGUUCCUCAAAUCCACAGAGAAGAGGGAGUUCAAUAAUCCCAAAGAGUGGGAGACACUGGAAACCAAGCCGGCGUACACGGAGGAGGAGCUCCAGCGGUUUGAGGUGGAGCUCAGAGACAAAGAGGAGGAGCUUAAGAGGAGGGCGGAGACUCUGCAUCAGGAGCAGGAACUGCUGAAGGAGAGAGGGAAAGCCCUGGAGGCCCAGAAGAAGGAGUACCAGCAGGCAGUGUUAGAGAUGUCACAGAGACAGAAGGAUCAGCAGGCAGCAGAAGUGCAGCCCCCUGCUGGUCCGAACGGAGAACUUCAAUUUAAACCAGAUACAAAUAAAGAGGAGGAUAAAGAACCCGCUGGGCAGAAAGUCCCAGCUGCACCUGAAGCAGAAGUCCAGAAUAACCUGCCAGCAGAACCUCCACAGAAUCUGCCUAUACACACUUAAUGCAGCACGCUCCAACAGCCUCAACACACACACACACCCACACACACACACACACUCUCUCUCAAAGGCUCACACACUGAUUGCACUGACACAUUUGUCCAGAUGGCUGCUAAUGAGUGGAAUAUGUGAACUGUAUGUAUAAACUCAGACAGACGUGACUCAUGAAUCAUGACAUAUUAUGCUGUGUUUUCGUCAGAUUAAAGACAAGAGAUGUGGAUAUCAUUACACUUAUUCCCAGAAAAUCUACAGUUUCAGGGAAAUCUUCAUUUCUGCCGGGUAUUUCAGUGUACAAUCAUUAACAUCUCAAUAAAGUCAUAAUUGGAAACCACUAA